ACUGUCAAAGAGUGAAAGGCAGGCUGCGCUCCAACCGGUGAAAUCUCGCAUUUCUCCUCUUGCCUACCCUUUUUUUUCUCUUACAUCACUAAAUUGACUAUUUUGACGUCCGUGCACUAUGUCUCGAUUGCUUUACAACAUCUGCAGGCGCAGCUGUGAAAGCUGGUGUCUGCGGAAAACUCGCUCCUGGACGGACGAGGCUAACAAGAGCCUUCCUCGUUGUGGCUGGCUGAUCGGUGGAUCCUGGAUUUGUCAACAAAGUCGAGGCUUCAAAACACACCCGAAUAAAUUCGGCUUUCAUUCUCUGAACGCUAAGCGCUCCAAGGUUUGGCUCUGGGGGCUUGGCGCUGGGUUGGUCUUAGCGCUGGGUUUAAAAGAGGACGCAGACCUUGCUUGGGGUUCGGAACACAAGCGUAAAACACCCGACGAUGAAGAGAAAAAUAAAGCUAAAAAAUAUGCAUCUGCCAUAGAAAUAAGCCGAGACCUUCUGCAAAGGAUAAAGGUACAGACACCCCCCCAAUAUUUCCUUCAUAUUUUUUUCUGUAAUAAGACAAGUCGUUUUGGCCUCAAGGGAGGAUCGUGCCAAAUCAAAUCUCUUCCUCGCCUUUUCCCUCCAGCUGUCACUGGCAGUGCCAGUACAGUAUGUUGGGUUUACAGUGCUGUUGUUUUACAUUUCGAGGUUGCGAUAACAACACGGAUGCUACUGUCGCACCUGAGUGGGAUCCGUCACUACGAGAAGGACGCAAAGAAAGUGAAGGAGGAAAAAGAGAAGGCGAACCGAGCAUUAAAACAGCAGAGGGCGGCUGCAGCAGAAGAUAAGGCCUUGGGGAGUCAGGAAGUUCAUCCCAAAGACAGGAAGAACGGUGGCAGAGAGCCAUCCAGCAGGGGCAACGACAGCACCAAGAGCACCAAGGACGCCAAGCAGGCCGCCAAAAAGGAGUUUGAGCAGGAAGAGUACUACCUGAAGGAGAAGUUUGACAGUGUCAUCCAGGCCCUGGACCUGUUUAAAAAUGACCCCCUGAUUUUCAAGCCAGGCAGCUCUUUCCUGUACUCCACACACGCCUUCACUCUGCUCAGCGCGGUGGUGGAGAGGGCAGCAGGACGGCCCUUCCUGGAUCACAUGAUGAAGAUGUUCCGGGAGCUGGGCAUGCUGAACACCGUGCCGGAGGAGAACGACCGCAUUAUAUACAACCGAUCGAGGUUUUAUCAUUUCAACAAAAAAGGCCGCAUUGUGAACUGCCCUUAUGUGGACAACUCCUACAAAUGGGCAGGGGGAGGGUUCCUGUCCACUGCUGGUGACUUGCUGGUGUUUGGCAACGCCAUGCUUUACAGCUACCAAAUGGCGCAUGUUAAGGAUGGCAGAGGCCUCCUGCCGGGCUACCUCAAGCCCGAAACGGCCAAAGCCAUGUGGACCCCUGUGGAUGGAACUGAAGGAUCCUGGGAUAAGGAUGGGCAGUAUGCAAUGGGCUGGCUGGUGGUGGAGGAGCAGCAGCAGUUUGGACAGUGCAGGAAAAGGCGGCACUAUGUUUCACACACAGGGGGAGCUGUAGGGGCCAGUAGUGUGUUGUUAGUCCUGCCCUGCAACCUGGCCCAGAGCGAGGGACAGACAUUGGCUCCUCCACAGGGCAUCGUGGUGACUAUUAUCAGUAACAUGCAGUCUGCCGGUCUCAACAGCACUGCCCUGAAGAUCGCUCUGCAGUUCGAGAAAGCCAGGAAUGCUUGAGAGAGCACAGGAGGCUGUCUUUGUGCAGCUGGUGCACCAAUCAUUUUGAAGUAAAAAUGCUCGUAUUUGAGGUUUGAGGUCUUUUCUGUAUUCGCAAGAUUGGUAUCUUUUGCAGUAUUAAAGGAAGAAGAGGAUUCAAUUUUUAAUGUCAUUUUAAAUACAUCUAAAAACUGCUUUAACAGUGGAAAACACGUGGCUAAAAAAAAACAUUUUAUUGUUGAAAAGGCAUUUUUUAAAACUUCAGCGUACCUUUAUGUUUAAUCUGUCCGAGUCUGAUCCAUUAAAAAAGUUUUUUGUCCAC